AUGUUGAGCCGGCGUCUGCUGUCGAUGCGCCCGGCCCUGGUGCGGUCCUGGCCGGCUAGCCGCAGCAGUUCAGCGCCGCAACUGCCGGUUCUUGGCCGUUCAGUGUCGUCGCAGAUCUCUAAAGCGGCGGUAUGGAGGUCCCAGCCCGUUCAAAUCCGUUCGCGGCGCCAUCCAUUCUCAACAUUCUCUUCGCGACGAUACUACGACCCGAACGACCACCGCCUGCGGACUGCGCGCCCCGUCGUGACCACCGGCCAGCUAAGACGCGUCAUACGUAGCCCGAGUACGCACGCCGUCAUUGUGUUUGCAAUCGCGAGCGCCAUCGCCUUCUACUUCUACAAUAUUGAGGUCGUUCCGGUAUCGGGGCGCAAGCGCUUCAACUGCUUCGGGGAGGAGAGCGUCAAUCAAGUGUCGGAGAUGCAGUACAAGCGGGUGAUCUACGAGGUCGAGAGCCAAGGAGGUCGCUUCCUGUCCGACUGGGACUGGAGGACGAUCAUGGUGAAGCGCGUCAUGAAGAGGCUGAUCCCGGUCAGUGGGAUGGAAGACGAGAAUUGGGAAGUGAUGGUCAUUGAUGAUCCGGGGACGGCGAAUGCCUUUGUGCUACCGGGUGGCAAGGUUUUUGUCUUCAGCGGCAUCUUCAACAUGGUCAAGAACGAGAGUGCGAUGGCUGCGGUCCUCGGGCACGAGAUUGCGCACAACCUGGCAGGUCAUAUCGCGGAACGUCUGUCGCAGUCAAUAGGUGUCAACAUAUUAUGGGGGAGCCUGUUGUUCCUCUCUCUUGCGAUACCAGGCGGUAUCUUUGCCGUCCAGUUCUUUGGCCGUGGCUUCCUGGACAUUCUCUUCGAAAGGCCAAUGGGCCGCCUGCAGGAGAGCGAAGCGGACUACAUCGGCCUUAUGAUGAUGGCAGAAGCGUGUUAUGACCCGCGGGAUGCCGUCGACUUUUGGGCACGGAUGGACCGAGCGCAGCAGGGCGAGCCGCCGGAAUGGUUGAGCACGCACCCUUCGAACCGAAAUCGUAUAGAAAAGAUUCAGGGGUGGCUUCCCAAAGCGAUAGAGAAGCGCGAGGAGAGCAAUUGUCACGGCACGCAGGGUUUUGCUGAGCUUUUCAAGCGUGCUAUGCGGCAAGGCAUCGUGCUCAGCGAGUGA